UCCGACUGGUUUUCAGUCUUGUUGUCUGCUGUUUGGUGCGUAUCAAUACUCGAUUUGAACAAUUUGAGGCAUAAACUACAGCGACUAAACUCGAAAUUACAAGAUUGGUUUUUUCUUAUUAUAAGUUCGGAAUUCUCGAGAAAAUUUUGAAAGUUUAUGUGGUUUUGAAGAGAUUUAAAGCAUUUGGUAGAUUAAUUCAUGGUUGGGUAAACAUCAUAUCGCCGGUCUUCACCCCCUGGACAGGAAUUCACCGAAUUAAACUGUGUUGCGGCUUUACAUAAAUUUGGUUGGUGGGUCCUGGCUGGCUAAGAGUUUUUGUAUGCUUGUAAGACUAAUUGUGCAGGCAAACAUAGUUUCAAGCUGUGUCUUAUAGGCUUCUGUUUCUGGUUAAUUCCUAUUGCUGCAUAUAUAUUAAACUGGAAGACAAAACCCCUAAAUCUGUAGAGACUAUCUAUGGAUGGAUAUGCAAAUCUGGUGUUAGCAAUCAAUCAGAGGAUGAUGAGACGAGAAGUAGAAGAUGUUGCGGAGUUGAUGCAUCGCAUACAAUCACGAUUGCCAGUAGAAGAAGCAGCCCGCACGUGCGUGUUGUCCAAGUCAUGGCUACACGCUUGGUCAACCAUCCCUACCCUCAGGUUUUAUGUUCUCAACACACGAAAAAGGAAGACAAAGAGCAUGAAGUUAGUGGAAGUGGAACGCACUCUGAUAAGGUAUCUCCGUGACAGUAUACCAAUCCAAUUGUUUGAGCUUGUUAUCGACAUUGAGAACCAGGAGUUGGCUUCUCAUGCUGAAAAAUGGAUACACUCCGUGUCAACCAAAACUUGUCUUAAAAAGAUUUUCCUCUCAAUAUUCCCUUCCAGUGUGUGUGCCUUGUUUACACUGCCAGACGAGAUACUCUUGGGUGAGAACCUAACUUCGCUAAGAGUUUUAGCUUCGCGAGGGACCGUUUCCGUUCGCAUGACGACUAGCCAUCAUCCUGUGAUCAAGUGUGUGUCCCUUCGAGAACUGCACUUGGAUGGUGUGUGCAUAAGUGAAGAGACACUCAAUCUCAUAUUGUCGUCUUGUAGCUUGCUUGUGAAGAUAGAGCUUUCAAAUAUAUACUCUGAUUCUUGCGAGGGGUUCAAGACGAUCAAGGUUAUAAACCUUCCUUUUCUUUACGCAUUAAGUAUAGGUUUAGAUGGUUGGCAAUCUACUUCCUUGGAAAUUCGUGAUGUCCCAAAUCUUGGUGUUUUUAGCUACGACUUAUUUCAUUCAGCACGAUUGUGGGACCCACACCCUCUUCCAUUCAACUCAAAUGCACAUUCGAUAUCAUUAGGAAGAAAUGUGACACACUUAAUGUUAGGUGGUGUGAUAGCGGACAACGCGGGUCUGGACAUGAUCAAAUCAGGAUUUCCCUUUCUCAUGUGUUUGACGCUUUAUCUGACAUCUUGGAUGUUGGGAAGCUUCCAUUUCACAUGUGCUUCAAUCAAGAGAUUGUCCUUGCAGUCGUGCCCAAAAAGCCUUAUCGAUGUACAAGUGCAUGCUCCAAAAUUACUUUUUUUCGACUUUCAUGGCGACAUGCUGCCUAGUCUCUUGUUUCCGGAUUCAUCUCUCUGGUAUAUUAAGCUUUCACUCUCUCUCAACCUUCCUGUUGAUGCUGACUUUUUUCUUAAGAUGAGGGAAGCGCUCACUUUAUCACAAAAGUGCGAUCUUCGUGUAACAACUAGGAACAAUUCUAAGUUGCCAUUCAACAUCGAGGAUCUAAGAACAAGGCUCCUCUUUCCUCCUGCUACGAACGUGCAAAAAUUCGAGUUUCAAACAGUUGAGGAUGAAUGCCUGUCAGACCGAUCCCCAUUUUUUGAUGCAUUCUUUGAGAUUUGCCAUCCCAAACACGUAUAUGCAAAGCGAGACAUGAUGGAUGAAUACAGUAAUCACUUUUGCAGCCUGAUGCUGAGCGAGAUGACGACAGGAACCACAUUUUGGUCUCAUCAUCUGAAAGAUGUUCAAAUAAGACGCCACAAAAAAUGGGAAACCCUAACAGAUUGUCCGAGAAGCUUUCUACAUGGGAACAUGCACUUCAAACUAUACUGGUGUUAACGAACGUUUCUGGUUGGGUUAUUUGUUUUACUAUUUCCUGUUUUAAUUUUUGUAAUAUCCUUAUUUGUUUCAGACACAUUUAAACAUAUACUUAUAUUUGAUACA